AAUCAGCAAUCUCAAUUUUUCAACAUCCAUUAGUUAUCAAUUUAAACUUCAUAUCAGAUAAUAGAUACCAACAGCAUUAGAGAUAUAGAACUAAGUAUGGUGGAAUUGUUAAAGUCCAUAAAGGCCCAUACCGAUAAAGCAUGGAGUGUGAGUGCUCAUCCCACAUUACCAUUAUUAGCCACUGCCUCAACUGAUAAAACCUCCAAGAUCUAUAAAUUAUCCAAAGUUCAGAAUUUCCCAUUAAUUUCAAAAUUAGAAGAUACUCAUAAACGAUCAAUACGAGCUGUUUCAUUCAAACCUCCCUUAGGUGGGGUAGAUGCUCCGGUGGAGAAUUAUUUGGAUUUACCUGCUUUGGCUAGUGGAUCAUUUGAUUCUACGAUAUCAAUCUGGGGGAUUGAUGAACCUGAAAAUGAAGUUGAUGAUGAUGAAAUAUUAGCUAAUCAAAGUGAAAUAUUAACUAAUCCAAAUAAUGAAUGGAAUUUAAUGGCUAUAAUAGAAGGUCAUGAGAAUGAAAUCAAAUCAAUUGAUUGGAAUUGGUCAGGAAAUCUUUUAGCAUCAUGUUCAAGAGAUAAAACAGUUUGGAUUUGGGAAACUGAUCCAGAAACUUUAGAAGAAUUUGAAUGUAUAUCAGUUUUAAAUGAUCAUCAACAUGAUAUUAAGAAUGUGACAUGGCAUCCAAAUCAAAAUUUAUUAGCCAGUUCUUCAUAUGAUGAUACUAUCAGAAUUUAUAAACAAGAUAUUGAUGAUGAUGAUUGGUCAUGUGUUGGAGUUUUAAAUGGUCAUAAUGGAACAGUUUGGUGUUCAAAAUUUGAAAAUAAACAUAAUCCAAAUGCUGAUCCUAAGAAAAUAAGACUUGUAUCAGUUAGUGAUGAUUUAACAGUACGAUUAUGGUCUAGUAUAACUGAAGUGGUUGAUAAACAUAUUGAUGAUGAUUAUAUUCCAAGUUCAAUUAAACAUAAUAGUGAAAUGAUUUGGGAACAAGAAACUAUUUUACCUGAAGCUCAUAAAUAUCCUAUCUAUGCCGUUGAUUGGUCAGCUAAAACGGGGAAGAUUGUUUCAGUAGGGUCUGAUAGUAAAAUAGUGGUCUACAAGGAAGUUGAAGGAAAAUGGAUUAUUGAAUCAGUUAAAGAUCAAGGUCAUGGAGUUCAUGAAAUAAAUUCUGUAAUUUGGGCUACAUUAGAUGAUAAAACUGAAGUUAUAGUUACUGCUGGUGAUGAUGGGAAUAUAAAUAUAUGGUCUACUGAUUAAUAAUAAUUUUAUAGAAAGAUGUUUCAUUAUAGACUAUAAAAAAAUAAAAU